AGAGAGAGAGAGAGAGAGAGAUCAAACCUCCCCUCUAACCUGUGGCAUUACCAUCAUUCUUGAUCCAGGACAGUGAAACAGCAAGUGGUUGGUGUUCAGUGAAUAAGUUGGAUCUUUUGGAAGAUUCAUCAUCCACAGUAAACCAUCAUAUGCGAAGAGAUUAUUAUGAGGAAACCAUUAGAGCCCUUGGACCCUGUGAGGAAUCGGGGGGAGUUUUCCUGUCAGGUUUAAGUAGAGUGGCCGUGUAACCAUGCCUGGCGCUCCAUAGUUUCAAGACCACCGGACCCCUGAGCUGCCCGUCAACCAUGGAUCCCACGUUCCCUGGCUCAGAUUCCACCCUUCCGAAGUGGAACAGCAGGCGUCACCGAGCGCACCGUGUGAGGAGGAAGCUUCGUCCGACACGGAUCCUUGGUCUCAUCCUGAGCGUCUCAGCCCUCUCGACGUUCCUGUCCUGGAGUGCCUUUACGACUUUGGGGCCAUUUUCGGAAUGGACGCCACCCACCAACCACGAAGGACUUGCAGGGCAAAUGCCACACAGAACUGUCCUCUCUUCCGAGCUCGAGGGCAAUGCAUCUGCACGUUUGCCCAUUGCCAUGGCAUCCUCUGGUGAGCACCACAAGGGAGAAUAUCCAGAGGACCUGUUCUCGCUCGAGGAGAGGAGAAAGGGUGCUGUCGUGCUCCAUAUGUUCGGAAUGAUGUACAUGUUCAUCGCCCUUGCCAUUGUGUGCGACGAGUUCUUCGUUCCAGCGCUCACCGUCAUCACGGAAAAGCUCCAGAUUUCGGACGACGUGGCAGGGGCCACCUUCAUGGCCGCCGGAGGAUCCGCCCCUGAGCUCUUCACAUCUGUGAUCGGCGUUUUCAUAUCGCACAGCAACGUGGGCAUCGGAACCAUCGUGGGUUCUGCGGUGUUCAACAUUUUGUUCGUGAUCGGGAUGUGCGCUCUCUUCUCGCGGGAGAUUCUGAACCUCACCUGGUGGCCUCUAUUUAGAGAUGUCUCCUUUUAUAUUGUUGGACUUAUUAUGUUAAUCGUCUUCUUUCUGGAUAACUACAUUACCUAUACUGAGAGCAUGGGACUGCUGCUCUGUUAUGCUAGCUAUGUUACAUUUAUGAAGUACAACGUAACUGUAGAGACUUGGAUCAAAAGCAAACUAAGCAGGAAUCAAGUGGAUGACGUUGAAGCUUCUCCUAAGCUGGAGUCAAAUUUGUUGUUUGCAGAUGCAGUUUGUCAGAAGUAUGGAACACAGGUUACCAAUGGAGGAGAUGAUGAAAAUAAACUUUCUGCUAAGCCCCGCCUACAGCGAGGAGGAAGCUCCGCCUCCUUACACAACACACUAAUGAGAAACAGCAUCUUCCAGCUAAUGAUUCACACACUUGACCCACUCAGUGAGGGUAAUGUGCAAACACUGGAAACUGCAUGGAGAUUCAAGGAGAAGGCGUCCAUUCUACACAAGAUUGCAAGAAAAAAGGGUCAGGAUGAGGCAAAUGGUGUUGCAGAUAAAAACCUUCCCAACAGCAGCUGUGUGGAGGUUGAGGUCACUCCACCUAUGAAUGGCAAUGCUGUUGGUCCUAAGGAGGAAGAGGAGGAACAUGAAGAUCAGCCUUUGAGCUUGGCAUGGCCAGAUACGCCACGGAAGCAAGCAACGUACCUCGUCAUUUUCCCCAUCGUCUUUCCGUUGUGGCUGACACUGCCAGAUGUCCGUCGAGAAACUUCAAAGAAGUUUUUUCCCAUGACAUUUUUGGGAUCCAUUACCUGGAUUGCCAUUUUCUCCUAUCUUAUGGUGUGGUGGGCUCAUCAGGUUGGUGAGACUAUGGGAAUCACAGAGGAAAUAAUGGGUCUGACCAUUCUAGCGGCUGGUACUUCCAUUCCAGAUCUCAUCACCAGCGUUAUUGUCGCACGGAAAGGUCUCGGAGACAUGGCCGUGUCCAGCUCAGUCGGCUCCAACAUAUUCGACAUCACUGUUGGCCUGCCAUUUCCAUGGUUGAUGUUUUCCUUGUUUAACGAUCUGAGUCCAGUGGCGGUGAGCAGUAAUGGUCUGUUCUGCGCCAUCGUUCUGCUCUUCCUCAUGCUUCUCUUCGUCAUCAUCUCCAUCGGCGUGUGCAAGUGGAAGAUGAGCAAGCUUCUAGGGUCCCUUAUGUUCUUACUCUACUUCGUCUUUCUGGUGGUCAGUGUAAUGCUGGAGGACAAGAUCAUCGUCUGCCCGGUCUCCAUCUGAGUCCUUCAUCUUAAGCGCCCUUUUCCUUAUUCCGGGUUACAAUUCCUUCCGCUUUCCUUCAGACUCAGGGCCCUUUAACUAUGACGUGGAUGCGAAAAUGCGUCUAAAUAGUAGUUCAUUAUGGGAAAGUACCAUGGUGGUACAUAGAGACUUGAUGUACUGUAGGUUUAGCCAUUUCUAUCACUCUGCGUGCAGAGGUUGAACUUUAUCAGCGGAGACGACACAUCCAAAGAGGAGGCAGACAUUUAUGGAGAAUGUCUACAGAUGACUCAGGAAAGGACCUAUGGUGCAAAUAAUGCAAUGAGAAAUACCAAUUUAAACAGGGAAACACUGAUUCUUGUAGUGUGCUUUAAAGCUUUUGGUUUCGUGAGCCUUGUAACAAUCGGUUAAAAGAAAAAGAUAACGCUUUUGUCUGAACGCUGGUCCUUUCUGAAUGUUACUUGAGCAUUUUCGAUCUGAGUAUAUCAUAUAACUUAUUGAAUAGACUCGUAGACAGUCUUCUGAAGUCUAGGCCUACACAUAAUCAAUAUCCAACUCACAGAUUGUGAGAACUCGUACUAUUGAAUAUAAUCAAUCGUAUUAAAUGUUUUCUGUCAAUGCAAUAUUUUAUAUAGAGAAUAUAUUCUCUGGGACUGAUGUCUUAUUUUAUGUGAUAUUUUUGACAAACCCAAUGAAUGAAAAGUUAAAACUUACACGCAUAUUUCUCUUUAUCACUUUACCAGAAAACCAGUCUAGUUUGCUGUAUGUGAAUGUGACUUCAUUAUAAAUUUCAUGGGACUAGUCUGUUAAGCAAUAUCCAUAAAUUAUUCACUUUAUAGAGGUCUUUAUUAAUUAUUCAUUACUGCCUGUAUCUCUCAAUACUGUCUUUGUAUGAUUGAUUUGGAUUUAAAAGUGAAAUAACCGGUGCUUAUAAAAGAAAUUGGGCACCCAAAAGCUUUGAAGUUGACUGUUAUUUUUAGGUAAAAUUGCACAUAUCUAUUCUUUCAUAAUUUCUGUGUAUUUACAUAAGUGAUGGACAAAAUAAAAUGAUUUCUGGACUUAAAUAUAAGAAGUAUUAUUUGCACAAUCAUUAAUUUGCAUUAUUUUAUCUACUUAGUAGAAAUGAACACAAUUGUAUAUGACACUGUGCAUCAAUGAUUAUUUUUAAAUGGCUUUGGAAUGUAAGCAUUAUAACAAAGCAAGCAAAUCAAUUAAUAUGAUACCCAAUGCAAAGUAUUUUAGGCCACACUUACACAUGUACCGAGUCCUGCACCGUAUUUUUUAUCUACUAAGUGGUUCAAAAUGUUAAAUAAAAUCAAUGUUUUGCUCAAUCCUCAUGUUUGAGGAUGAUACAGUUUUUAUCAUGAUCAGAUAAUACAAAAAGUGAUGUCAAAAUAAUAAUUUUAUUUUACAUUAUUGCCUAUAAAGGUAGUAAAGAAGGAUUGGGUUCUGCACUUUAAACAAAAAUAAAAUGUAAAAUCUAAAGCUCUCAUUGCUACAUAUGGUUUUGCUUUCAAAUAACCAAUAACUGCAUUAAGAUGAGUGAUGCAAGUGAUUUUCUAUACAGCAUCUUAUGUUUUCAUCUUCUGCAUUGCUGAGGAGCAUAAGACAAUUAAUAAAAGUAAGCUGAUGAGA